AUUCCACUCCUCUACCCACUUGCAGCUCUAAAUGCCCGUGAUCUUGACAAGUUUCUUAAGUCAAUAGGAAGGGAUCCCUCUUAUGUUGAUUUCGAGGCCAAUCCUACAGUGGGGAAAGAUCAACCCCCUGAUCUAGUUGCACUAGUUCCAUCUGGUUCAAUAGUUUUGCCUGAAAACCAUGUUUCUGUGGAUAAUAAGUCCAAGACAAUUUCAGCAAAAGUUGUUAGUGAGAAAAAUACAAAGUGGAAACCAGUCAACAAUACUCAUUCAUCAAGAUCCUUUGCAGAUGUUGACCUAUUUGUUGAAGAAAUAUUGCAUAAAACAUCAGAGUUAUUGCUUUCAGAGAUCAAUGAAGACACUAUACAGAAACAUGGGGAGCAUCUGGGCACUAGAGUGUCAGAGAAUCUACGGAAAGCUCUCAGCUCAGAUAUGAAAAACCUUUCUAUGAUAUUUAAGAACAAAGCAUACACAGAAGGGUUCCAUGCUGGUACUCACUCUCAACGCAGACAUUUGUGAAGAUCAUAAUCAUUUGAGAUUCACUGGCAUGAUCGUCAAAUAUGGAGCAAAACUUAAAAGUUCAAAUUUUCUUUUAUGAUCGUAAUAUGUAUUGAUUGAACAUAUAUACAGGAAAUUUGAUUAAUGAAAUGUCCUUAUUCUCUUUGUUGUUUGCG